AUGAACAGUGUAUAUGGUCUUCGUGAAUUCGGGCGGGUUUUCUGCUUCGAGCAAAGUCUAAUCGGCCCCGCUGGCUUCAACAAUUUCGGAGAAUCAGACAACAAAAUAUUAUUCCAUAUCUUGGCAGAAGCUGUAUUCAUCCCCGAUACCACUCUAAGUAUCUCAACCCAGCUCUUCGAGCACUCAGUUCAAAUACCUACCUCACUAGGUAAAGCGCAUUGUUCGCAGAGGUGUGGAAUCGCCCAUGCUCAUUUUAUUGUCAUGUUCAAUACCAAGAUUUCGGAUAUAAAUAAGCCAUACCAUUAUUCAAUAUCGCAGCUUCUUCAUCUCGUCAUGGCCCUCUGCCCAUAUUAG